AUGCCUGUCUCGCAGGCGGACGCCCUCCGCAUCCACGCCGCGAUCCACGGCGGCAAGGACUCCGUGAGGCUCGCCUCUGGCGACACGCUGCCCGUGACGAAGGCGUCCUCGAGAUGCAGGUGCGUCCAGGCGGAGGGCAUCGAUGCGCGUGAGCAAAACACAGGCAAGCCGUCGAAGUGGGCGGACAUGGCCAAGGCGGGCUCCAAGAUCACCUGGUUCCUGGGCGGCUCGCCGCAGCAGUGGGGCCGCAUCGUGGACGGUGCCGUGGACCAGCUCGGCAAGCAGAUCUUGGGGGGUGGAGCAGAGGCCAAGGCGAAGGCCGCGGCCAAGGCGGCCGCGGCGCCGCCUGCGAAAGCGAAGGCCGAUGCGCUUUCCGAGCCGCCGCCGCAGGGUGCCGCCAAGGCGAAGCUGGCCGCCAAGGCGACCUUGAAAGCUUCGAAGGAGCCCGUGGCCCCUAAGGCCAAGCGGGCUGCCAACGCGCCCCAGCCCGCUGACGGGCAGCCUCCGGCCAAGAGGGCAAAGUGUGCGCUGGCCGCCCCCGCCGCCUCGCCGCCGCCCGGGACCGCCGCCGUUGCUUCGGCAGAGGACCCGCUGGGGCUCGCUGCCCUGUUCUGCGGGAAAGGUUACGGCGCUGUGUGGGAGCCCAUACUGCGACCCGUGAUCGACAAGUUGCCGAACGCUGCGGGCUUCAUCGGACCAGGACGCCCUAAGCAGAUCGUGCCCAUUCGGGAACUGACGCUGCAAGCGUUGAAGCCGAACCCGCCAUCUGGAUGGCGCGUGAUUUCCUUGGGGCAGUCCCCGUACCCUCGGGUCGAGUCUGCCACUGGCAUUGCACAUUUUGACAACUCCAUCUCUUCGUGGGAUGACGGCCGUUUUGGCGCUGUGGUUUCCAUGCGCAACAUCAUAAAGGCAGCGGCCAUGCAUAAGUACGGCAUACCCAAGGCUACCCCCAGCGCUGAGUUCCGCAAGUUGUUAAGGGAUAGGGCUGUGGUGAAUCCUGCUGAAUGGUUCCAGGCAAUGCUCACGCAGGGGGUGCUCUUCAUGAAUGCCGCAUGCACGCUGCUCCCUCCCGAGGACAAGUCCGUCAGGGCUGGCAGCGUUGUGGAAGAGCACAGAAAGUUCUGGGCUCCGGUCAUCGAGGCAAUCCUGGGCGCGAUCUUGGCAGAGUGCAGACUGCACGGCAAAGGCCUUGUGUUCGCCUGGUGGGGUGGGGAGAGCCUGAAGCUAAAAAAGGAGUUCGCCAAGACCAUUUUCGCGGCGUACCGAGACGUUCGGAUGGAGCACGUGGAGCACAAAAACCCUGCGGCCAUGCAGGACGCUUUCUUGGAUGAGCCCAAUAUUUUCGGGGCCAUCAAUGACAAGCUGAAGGCGCUGCAGCUUGGACUGCCCAUCGACUGGCUACCCAGCGAUGGCUGGCAACACCACCUCUGCACGGAUGCGCGCGCCAGCGCGAUGGGCGAAUUCAUCACCGAGACGAAGGAACUGCACCGAAUGUACCUGGAGCGCUUGAGGGAUGGCCUGGACUCGGGCAACGAAGAGCUGGCAGACAUCACGGGCGUGGAGUCGUCGCCGCUUGUGCCCCUCGCAGAAGCACUUCGGGCCCUCAAGCUUGCGGACGCCGCUCGGCAGUCAACCACCAAGGCCCAGGCUAUGAACCGGGGCGCUCUCGGUAUCGAGGAGGCGGCCGCGGUCCACAUGUACACCACCAACCACCUCUACAGACAGUUGAACGCAGCGCUGCGCUCUGCGCAGCGGUGCUCCAUCCAGCAAUACUUCCUGUACCUGCGAAUCCUUCUGGCGGCCUUGUCAAAGCUGCCGAGCGCGGACAAGGAGCUGUACAGGGGGGUGCCCCUGGACCUGAGCUCGCAGUACGCGGUCGGCUCGGAGGUCACCUGGUGGGCGGUCUCAAGCUGCACGCCAGAUCUGAAGGUGGCCUGCAGCUUCGGAGCGUCGCAAAAGGCCUGCACACUGUUCAGGAUCAAGGCACAGAGGAGUGUCGGCAUCAGGGAGCUGUCGCAGUACAAGGGCGAGGAGGAGUUUAUUCUCGCUCCUGGCACGCAGCUCCGCGUCGACAAGGUGCAGAGAGCCGGCGGCAGGGUAGAGAUUUUCCUGCGCGAGCUGGAUCGGCCACGGCGUGUGAGGUAG